ACAUCUAUCCAAGGGUUAGCAAUAUCAUCCUUUCUUCCGGCGUUCCUAAUUUAGCUCAUUUCUUUGGUAGUUUUAACUCGUACUAUUUUUCUAGUGCUAGCAAGGUGUUCGAUGAAAUGCCUAAGUUAGGGAUUUUACUUUUUUUAUAAUCAAUUUGAGCUGAAAUUAUGGUAUAUUUUGUAGGUUUUAAUUAGUAUCAUCCCCGUCCUCACCGCCGUCGAUCGCCAGCGUCGUCCCCUAGCCGGCACCGUACAACCUCGAUGAGUCGACAAUGGAUGUACGGUGACCGGUGCCAUCCCGACUUCAUUAAUGGCAUGCAUUAUUUUCUCAACGUGGCUGAGGCAAACAGGCAGUCGAAUGGUUUCAUCUAUUGUCCAUGUAGUUCCUGUAAGAAUAUGAUGGAUUACUCUACCUCAAAGACCAUUCACGUCCACCUGCUGGAGAACGGUUUCAUGCCCAGCUAUAAUUGUUGGACCAAGCACGGAGAAAGAGGGGUUAUAUUGGAAGACAACGAAGAAGAAGAGGAUAGUGACAACUAUCCUAUGUUCACUGAAGACGGUGAUAGUAGAAUGGGGGAAGACGAAGCUGAAGAAGAGCCCAUUUUUCACUAUAUAUAUGUAGGCUUGGCCUCCAUUUACAUAUCACAUCUAGACUCAUAUCUGCAAACCUCAUCAUUCUCUCCCAUGGCUUCCAUCGUAUCUCUAACCCCCCGGGAGGCGGAGGCGCUUUGCGCCUCGAACUACCCCUGCCCGCCGGGCUACCGCGUCCCGACCGGCUGGUUGCUAAGCGUCGGAGGCGUACCGGUCCCUCCAGUCCCUCUAGGUGUGGCGCGCGAGAUGGCCAUCAUGAACCACUACUACUUCGAGCUCACGCCAGAGCAGCGGAGGAAUCCCCAGUGGCAUCCCGACUACAGCCCGACUUGGGAAAGCUUCUUCAUCAAUCGGCGUGAGAGAGCGCUUGCCAGGCACGAGGAGGGCGGCCCGCCUCCUUCGAACUUCAACGAGGCCGGCCGUCAGCUGUGGUGGCGCUGCCGGACUCUCCAGGGCGUCAUGGCCUACCGUGGCCCCCGCCUGCGCUACCCUCAGUCCCAGCCCACGCGUGCUCUCCCGCCGAGGUUCGACUACCGCGACCACGAUGCCAGCGACGAUGAUGACGGCGACUACGAUGACUACAGUGGCGACUACUAUAGGGCUAGGCACGAGUAUGACUGAAUGACUCCAACAGUCAAAUCUGGCCAUGUAUCUUAAUUUUCAGUUGAGCU